CCCCCACUCACCACUCCCGCAACCAUGAGGGCAGCUGUACGGCUUCUCGCCAGCAUCAAGCCAGGCCAAUUCCUCGAGCGCGGCGCUCCGACCGGCCUGACGGGCCUCCUCACACACCCGUCGCCGCGCUCGACGCUGCUCUACCACUACAACUCGACGCUCGACAAACUCAAGCAGAUCCCCGAGUCCUCCGUCUACCGCCAGUCCGUUGAGGGGCUGACCAAGCACCGCCUUCAAGUUAUCGAGUCUACGAAGCCGAAGGGAUGGGACGACUGGCAGGAGAAGAUUCAGAUGCAGGUCGACAACGACCCGGAGGCAUUCCAGAGCAUCAGCACUUCGGGAGGAAACACCAUUGUCCUACCAAAGAACAAUGAAGUCGACCCCAGGACACGUGCGGCUGAGUGGGACGGCGAGAUCCCAAGUACAUUCCCAGAGGGCAUCAGGUCGGAGAAAUCGCGCUCCAAGUUCAUUCCUAAAAUGAAGGGUGAUGUCAACUACACACCAGAGCGGUCAAUCACCAAAAUCAAGUUUGACCCGGAGCCGCAAUACACUGCUGAAGCCAUCUCGGACUUGGAGAGCAGAAUGGGUGCCGGUUUGAUCGAAGAGGUCAUCCAGGUCGCCGAAGGUGAGCACAUGCUCGUAGACGAGAUGGUUAAGAACAAAGUCUGGGAGCCGCUUGAAGAGCAGGCGCCAGAGGGCCAGUGGGCAUACAAUGAGCGUUCUUCCCACACUGGCACUACUCAAAAGCCAUAGAGGAGAUACGCUUGAAUUUGUGUGUAAAUAGCAGAAUGAACAUUUCCACAACACCC